GUCAGCAGGAUGGUAGCUCUCCAGGAGCAGGGUUGGAGAUCCCUGCUCUACUCUCAAUAAAAACUGGUCAACAGUCUGCACGCCCAGCGUCAUUCCUUUUAAAGUUGAUGGCACGUUUAAUCAUUAUGAGGCAUCCAUCAGGUGUGCAAAUGCCCUGGAAUGCUGCAUGUUGAAAACUGCAGGCUGACAUGUUUAGUGGUCCUACCUCUAUGUCAACAUACAUCACACGCUGUAAGCACCAGGGUUGGAUGAGGGUCACCGACAGGAAAGGUUCAUCAACAGACUGGAUAUCUUGUGGACAGUCACUUUCAGAACCAAUCGGAUGGCAGGUCAAGUUUUGCUUGGUUGCAGAAUGUCAGCUAGUUCUCCUGGACAAGAGAGAGAGAUCAGACCAUUGCUGUUCCAAGAGUGUCGUGCUGAAUCAUGCACUGUAUGGCUCCUGCGACAUAGCACCAGCAUUCCUGAGGGAGUUCAGCUCCAUAAAGACCAGACCACCCAAACCAGAAAUGCCAGACGGGGUGACCUGCUUCAGAAACUGGCCUAUUUCUAAGAUGUCCCCUGGGGGCAACCAAGAGUCUCUCACUGGCAGGGUGGGCCGGCGGCGCAGUAUGCCUGGCAGUACGGUGGACAAAACGGUGGCCGCUAUGGAUGCAGAAACGUCAACACCUUUUAAAGUCACGGGCUUCCUGAGUCGUAGACUGAAGGGCUCCAUUAAACGCACCAAAAGCCAGCCGAAGCUCGACCGCCACAGCAGCUUCAGGAACAUCUUACCGGGCUUCAAGAGCGUGGAGAAUGACAGUCGAUCCCAUCUGAUGCCGAGGCUGAAAGAAUCGCGGUCUCACGAGUCGUUGCUCAGCCCCAGCAGUGCAGUAGAAGCUCUAGAUCUCAGUAUGGAGGAGGAAGUGCUCAUCAAACCUGUGCACAGCAGCAUCCUGGGACAGGAUUUCUGCUUUGAGGUAACUACUUCAACAGGAAGCAAAUGCUUCUCAUGUCGGUCGGCUGCCGAGAGAGACAAAUGGAUGGAGAAUUUGAGACGUGCUGUGCAUCCCAACAAGGAUAACAUCCGUCGGGUGGAAAACAUGCUGAAAUGUUGGAUUAUCGAAGCUAAGGACUUGCCUGCAAAGAAAAAAUACUUCUGUGAACUUUGUCUGGAUGACAUGUUAUAUGCACGGACUACCUGCAAACUCAAAACAGACAAUGUUUUCUGGGGCGAACACUUUGAGUUCAACAACCUGCCCUCUGUUAAAAGUAUCACCGUGCAUCUUUACAAGGAAUCGGACAAAAAGAAAAAGAAGGACAAAAAUAAUUACGUGGGCCUGGUUAAUAUCCCUAUAGCAGCUGUCACCGGGCGGCAGUUUGUGGAAAAGUGGUACUCCGUGAGCACGCCGAAUCCAAAUAAAGGAAAAAGUCCGGGACCCAUGGUCCGCAUGAAAUCCCGAUAUCAGAGCAUGAGCAUUCUCCCCAUGGAGCUGUACAAGGAGUUUGCAGAGUAUAUUACUAACAAUUAUAUGUUAAUGUGCUCAGUGCUGGAGCCAGCGCUAAGUGUGAAGAACAAGGAAGAGAUGGCUUGUGCACUUGUCCAUAUCUUACAAAGCACAGGCAAGGCCAAGGAUUUUCUGACAGAUCUGAUGAUGUCUGAGGUGGAUCGGUGUGGAGACAAUGAGCAUCUCAUAUUCCGUGAAAACACACUGGCUACUAAAGCUAUAGAGGAGUACCUGAAGCUAGUGGGACAGAAGUACCUUCAAGACGCUUUAGGUGAGUUCAUCAAAGCCCUGUAUGAAUCAGAUGAGAACUGUGAGGUGGAUCCGUCUAAGUGCUCCUCCAGUGACCUGCAUGAGCACCAGAGCAACCUGAAGAUGUGCUGUGAGCUGGCUUUCUGCAAGAUCAUCAAUUCUUACUGCGUGUUUCCUCGGGAGCUCAAAGAAGUGUUUGCAUCCUGGAGGCAGGAGUGCAGUAACCGAGGACGGCCGGACAUCAGCGAACGCCUGAUCAGCGCAUCUCUUUUCCUGCGCUUCCUGUGUCCUGCCGUCAUGUCGCCCUCGCUCUUCAGCCUCAUGCAGGAAUAUCCUGACGACCGCACCGCCCGAACACUUACACUCAUUGCCAAAGUGACACAAAACCUCGCCAACUUCACCAAGUUUGGCAGUAAGGAGGAGUACAUGUCUUUCAUGAAUCAGUUCUUGGAACACGAAUGGACCAACAUGCAGCGCUUCCUGCUGGAGAUCUCCAACCCGGAGACCAUCUCAAACACAGCAGGCUUUGAGGGUUAUGUUGACCUGGGCCGCGAACUCUCCACUCUCCAUUCUCUCCUGUCCGAAGCCGUCUCACUGCUCGAUCAGAGUACUAUCACUAAGCUGGGUCCUUUAGCACGGAUCUUGCGGGACGUGAAUUCAGCACUGACCAACCCCACCGGAGCCCCUGUGCCGUCUCCCACCGAGCGUGUGGGUUCUCCCACUCUACCCAGCAGCAGCCUGUCUACCGGUCUGCAGAAAAUGGUCAUGGACAGUGAGAUCACAGGGUUGGUGGAUUUCACACGGCUGCCCUCACCGACCCCCGAAAACAAGGAUCUGUUUUUCGUAACUAAGAAUUCUGUGAUCCAGCCGUCACCUGCCCGCAGCUCCAGUUACUCAGAGACCAACGAGCCAGAUGUUCAGAUCCCCAACGGCAGCAAGAGCUUGUCAAUGGUGGACCUGCAGGACAGUCGUUCUCUUGAGAGCGCUCCCAACACCUCCUUCAGCGACCCCAUCAAUGACAGCCAGACCUCUGUUGGCCAGGGCACAGGAAUGUGGACCACCCGCACCGCUAAGGGCAACACACCCAGUGGUCUGACCCUGAGGAGGGCAGGCCAGACUCCCACCACACCAAGUACAGAAACCGCACCGGGGAGGUCCCAGCUGCUUGCCCCGCUCUCGUUCCAGAACCCUGUGUACCAGAUGGCUGCCGGAUUGCCCCGCCCGGUGGCCGAUUCGGGAUCUGAAUGCCAGAGCUCCAUCAGCUCCCAGAGUAAUGCAGAGGAAGCAGCUACUGCGGGGUCAAAGCACCCAUUCCUGAGCCAGUCCAGCACGGGGGCCAGUGGCGGAGGGGGCAGCAGCGGGGACGAGUUUAUUCGGUGCUCUGGAGAGUUCACCCGGAGACAGCUGUCCCUCACAGAGACCCAAAAUCAAGCCAACGUACCACGCCAGAACAGCACAGGGCCACAGCGCAGGAUAGACCAGCCGCCUCCAACCGUCACAAGAGGCCGCACUCCGCCCAACAUGCUCAACACCACACCGUACCCCCGCCCCUCCAGUGGAAGUAUGAUGUCAUCAUCUCCUGACUGGCAAAGCAGUGGCACCAGACUGAGGCAGCAGUCGUCGUCCUCCAAAGGGGACAGUCCAGAAUCUAAACAGCGCACACUACACAAACAAGCUCCAUCUCCUGUGAAUCCCAAUGCGUUGAACCGCACUGCUGCAUGGCUGCUGAAUAUGAAUGUGCAAUAUUUGGAGCAGGAGGGAAUUGACCCAGAUUUGAAACACCGGGAGGACUUUCAAAACAAGGAGGAUCUCACACCAACUGAAAAGUAUCAGCAGGAGAUUGCUGUCCUGCAGGAAAAGCUGUGUAUUUCUGCUAAGAAGCUGGAAGAGUAUGAGUCUCACAUAAAGAGCCAGGAUGACCAAACCCAGAAGAUGCUCUUGGAGUACCAGGCUCGGCUUGAGGACACGGAGGAGAGAUUACGCAAGCAGCAGGAUGAGAAAGAGCACCAGAUGAAAAGCAUUAUCACCAGGUUGAUGUCUGUUGAAGAGGAGCUGAAGAAAGAUCACACAGACAUGCAGGCCAUUGUAGACUCCAAACAGAAAAUCAUCGAAGCACAGGAGAAGAGAAUCGCAUCCCUGGACGCAGCAAAUGCCCGGCUAAUGAGUGCUUUGUCUCAGCUGAAGGAUCGUUACAGCAUGCAAACGAGGAACGGCAUCUCUCCCACAAACCCUACCAAGCUGCAGAUCACAGAAAACGGUGAAUUCCGGAACAGCAGCAACUGUUAGCAUGGACACAAACACACACAGGCCUAUGGGCUUAGUGACGGACAAGGGCUAUGGGUAACUCUCUUAAAGUCUGGGUCGAAAAUAACUCUUUUUGGGAACUAAUUGGAGUUGCACAAUGUUGUUUUUUUCGCUCGGUAUAUAAAGGCUAAUGUGUCUUUUUGAAUCCUUUUAGAUAAGCCACGAAAAGAUGUCCCAUGAUGCUUCAUUCAUAGCCGUUGUCACGAGAGCCACUCGGUCUCCGAUAUAAGCCGUGACCAAAUUCUGUGUCACCUCUAUAUUUAACUGUGCAUAUACACCUUUUGAUUGGACUUAGCAUGAUGAUAACAAAUCAUACGUAUGUAAUUAUUUGUUGAAAAACUAUUUUCUGCCUUCUUUUUAUUGUACUUUUAAUGUAAACAUCCUUUUCUUACCAUUUUUCUUGCUUGCGUCACUCCCUGGCAGCAGUAGCACAAACCGCUCGCCUUUUUUUUUUUUUUUUUGUAUGUGCAUAAAAUUUUAGUCUAUAUAGAGGUAAUGCACCUCAUUAAUGUAUAUAGUUUUUUAUUGGCUUUUCAGAGAAAAGAGAUUUUCUUUUUUUUUCGUAUGGUGUGUAUUUCCUGUGCUGAGGUCUGCUGUAUUUUAUUUAGAAGAAAAAGAAUAAGAAAAAUGAAAAACAAUGUAAGCUGCAAUUAUACAUUCAGGUUCUGCUUCUAGACAGGGCAAAGAUGACAACACACUUUAACCCCUCAAACAUUCACUAUCAACGCCGUGGAUAGAAAUGUCCUCAUACUGCUUGCUGUUCAUAUGGCCAGUAUUAGACUCAGUAUCCAACGUCAUGGCUACAGUACAAUCAGUGUGUGUCCCCUACGAUGUCUUUCUUCCACUCUAUGCACUUUCUAUAGCAUUAGAAUGGACCCUUUAACCAAAACUUGCUUCUGUGGACUUGUUAUAAAGGCUAUUCAGAGCAGCAAGAACGAAGCAUAUAGCAUUCAGCACUUCUACUGGGUGAUAAAGGUUUGAGUUGAUGUGUGAAGUGUAUGUGGCUGUUAUACACUUGAAGGUUGUGAUGUUUCCUGCUCUUCAAAUGCGGUUUGCAUCAAACAAGCUGGAAGUCAGUGCAGCGCAGCAAUAGUUGCAUCAACCCUGCAGACAGACCCUUUGCUCUGCCCUGUUUUAGCUUCACUGAACGUUAGUCAAAUCAGGCUAGAGUUUGAAGACUGUCAGUGUUUCUUUAUGUAUAAAUUUUCACAUCAAUUUAUUUGGGACAAUAAUUUUGGAAAAACUGCAAGGGCAAACCACUUGGUGUAUAAAUGUCAUAUCAAACAUCUCUAUUUUUCAGUAUUCUCUGUUUUCAGUACAAUUUUUAUUUAUUUAUACAGGCUUGAGAGAAAGUAUGCACUGUUUGACUGUUGUUUGAAAUUUUUUAUGCAACUAUAUUUGUUGCUAUAACCCCAAAAUUAAGAGUACUUGUUGAAGAUUGAAUGUCCAAUGUUGUUAAAGUUAGUAUGAAAUAGAAGUUGAGCUCAUCUUUCUCUAUUGUGACGUAUAUCCAGGUGAAACAGCUUCUUGAAUGAGAAAAAAUGUAGGGCAGGACUUGAUUUUGUUGAUGGGGGAAUUGAGUGGAUUGUUGGAACGUUGUUGUUUACUAAUUGCUGCAAUCUCAUUUGAGAAGAGAAUAGAUUUCGUUGCAAGGGGAGAGCACAUGAAAACACAUGAAUUCAAAAAUAUAUAUAUAUAUAUAUAUAUAUAUAUAUAUAUAUAUAUAUAUAUAUAUAUAUAUAAACUGUAAUAUACUGUAAUACUGUAAUAAUAUUCCAUAAAAAAGAAUUGACAAUUUUGGUUUCAUGGUGACUUUACAUUUCUUUAAAGUUGAAGAUUUUUUUGGAUGUUAAAAUAUCAUUGAUGUGAGGUUGAAGUUGGGGCUGUUUGUUUAUUCAAACAAACAACCUGCUGUUGCAGUUAGUUAUAUAGUGAUGCAGAAAUUGCAUACUUUUAAGAUUUAAGAUGAGGUCUCAUUUCCCAUUGUUUGGUAAAUUUUAGUGGGUAAAAUCCAUUCAUUACAAAAGGAAUCAGUAAUGUCAUGUGUGGCUGAUAGAUUUCCCAUUGUGGGGUUCGCAACAGGUUCAUGUUGGUCACAUGAAUUCACCAACACUGACAACAGAAAGCUGCUUGGUUUGAAAGUGACUUCUGUGUGUUGUGCUUCAUAUAUCACUACACUAUUCAAAAAUUUCGACAAUGUGAUCACAUCAUUAUAAUAGCCUGUUUAAAUACAGAGCAAUUGAAAACAAGCAAACAAAACAUGUCUGGACUUCAUGUAACAAACUUUUGAAGGCAAUAGUAUGGCACAUUAAAACACUUAUUUUUUUUUUUUUUAACUCCCUUAAUACAUUAUGUGAAAGUCAAAGGGCUGCUGUUUAGUGCCACUUAAAGGAAGACAACUUUUUCCUCUUUGGCAUGAUUAUAUAUAAAAAACCAUGUAAAAAAUCUCCACAGUGUUUUCUGCUUUACCCCUACAUCUUUUGUAUGUAUGUUUCAGUGCUACGCUGACAGUUUUGCCACAUGUACAUACCUGAACAGAAGACAUACCAAUAUAUGAGAAGUCAUUUGUGUUGAAGAAAAUGUUCAGUGCAAUUCAUGUACAAUUGCCUCUAGAGUUAUUAAAGUUUUAUUUAGCUAUUUCAAGGUUCUUACUUUAUUUGUUAGUUUACUGUACAGUCCAAGAAAAAUACUGUUGUUGAGAAAAAGAUUUAUUGUUUCACCUGUGUAAAGUCAAGUAAAUUGCUAUGGACAGAAUGUAUAUAUCCAUGUAGAAUGCCAUUGUCAAGAUUGGUGCACUUCAGUGAGUGCCAUUCAAAAUAAAAACUAAAUAUUUGUC